AUGACAUGCGGUAACGGGAAGGAGAAGGAUCGAACGUGGAUCCAGGAGUGCACGUGGCAGGUAUCGAAAAAGGGACUCGAAGUAGAUUCCGAGGAGAUAGAGCAACAUGGUCAUGAAGUGAUGAAGUCGAUCGAGUCGCGAGGCAGGAGGAAGCUCUGGCAGAAAACGCGAGCUUCAGAAGAUCAGCUGUCUUCGCAGCUUCCAAGAAGGUCGCCGUGUUGUUGUAGCGAGAGCAAAGAAUGCGAAAAUGGACGCACUGUACUAGAAACUGAUCGAGAAGGAGAGAGGUUCGUCUUCGGGCUGGCGAAAGUGAUGGCAAACGGCAAUGUUGGUGGAGUUGGAUUUCUGAUCAAUUCGACAAUCGCCCAGUUAGUAGACUCGCAUAACAUCGUCAGCCCGCGUCUUGCCGUCCUGCGCACAAACGACCGGGUUGCAAUUUCUGUCAUCAAUGCAUGUGCACCUACAUUGGUGGCGGCAGAGGAAAAGCGAGAAGAGUUUUAUUGA